UAUUUGUCCUGCCCGGUCGGAAUGUGUAGUGUCUGUGUGUGAAGUCAGAGGGGACGGAGUGAAUCCACAAACAUUAGCCUGUGGUUGUUUUGUCCUGGUAUAGUUUCAAAACAAGCUGAGACAUGGAGGUCAGCGCUGAGGCUAAGAGGAUCAUGGUCGUGGCUUUAGGGAAACUGUACAGCUCCCGCACCCAGCGAGGGGGUCUCCGUCUCCAUAGGAGCCUGCUCCUGACUCUGGUGAUGAAAUCCGCCCGGGACAUUUACCACGCGGCCCAGGCGACGGCAGAAUGUGUUGGAUCAGGAUCUGAGCACCAGCAAUCCACGACCGAAACUAAAAUGAUCACAGAGCCCAGUGACGCUCAUCUGGAGCACCAGGGUCCCGCUUCGCCAAGCACCGGAAAACCUCGGACUUUACCCCGAGAGGAGGUCGCAGAAAACAAGGAGAAUCUGUGUCUUACCGGCACGACGCAACUCUCGAGAAAAAGACGGGGCAAAGCGGCCGUGGAGCCGGACUUCCUGCCAUGCAAGAGAGCAAAACUCGAGCAGGGAAACUUCCCUCGACAUCUGAUUGUGAAUUCCGUUUUGUCGGACUAUGUGAACUGCAGCAGUGAACUGGGAGCACCCCCAACCCCCAUGCCACUACAGAGAGCCAUUGCAGUGUGUUGAUUGCGCUGAUUACAGGCAGUAAACGCAGACCGGGAGCCUGAAGGCGCCUCACAGCAGGCCCGUCCCAGGAUCGUUUUGGGACGAACACCGGGGAUGGUGCGUUCCAAAGGUCCCGAGCAGGAUUCUGAACAAGCAGGGGCAUGUUAACAGGAAUCACGGAAGCAGCCCUGCCGGUGACUUUUGGCCUAAUUAUUGGCCUCAGCUCACAGUAAGGACUGGCUUGAGCUGGCCAAAGGCUGAACUAAAGGAUUCAGUUCAUCUGGAUGGGGCCUUGAACUACUUUUAUGAACAUUUCCACACGUCUAUUAAGGAAGCAGUCUGUUGAUCAAAUGUAUGUUUGUGUACUGUGUGCUGACAGAAGCUGAGAAAUGUGUAGAGGAAUUCAAGUGUAAGAAAUACAAUGACUACAACUACCUCAGUAUUUAUUAAAACAUUUUUGUACUCGAUAUGGAGUGAUGUGUUGUUUAUAACAGAUGUGUUGUAGUGAGGAAGGGAGGUAGAUGUGUAAUACUUUAGUCAUGAUAUUAAAAACAAGAAGUACUGGUGUUGUA